AACUGGGUGAUCUUAAGACUGAGAGACUCUCAAUAAAUAAAAAAUAAAUCAAUAAAUGAAACGGAGUGACUCUCAGUGAGAGUCACUGACCGUUUGAUUUAUUGAUUUAUCUUUUCAAGUUCAAUAUGUCUGACGGACCAAAGAUUUGCGGAGGAUGUAACCAGAACAUUCCAAGCCGAUGGGUAACCGGGUUAAACAAGUUUUGGCAUCACGAUUGUUUCCGUUGCACCUCUUGUAACAGGGUCGUAGCACCAACUGAGAGUUUCUACGAUAACGGAGGCAAGCCCGAGUGUUUCAACUGCAAGGGAGCCCCUCAGGUACACACUUGCGGUAUCUGCAACGGGACUAUCAGUGGACAACGACUCAUCUACCUUGCUAACACUUACCAUUACGGCUGCAAGAGAUGCACUAAGUGCAACCAAGCCUUCACAGCUGAUCAACACGCCAACAUCAAGAUUCUAGCAAACGGGGACUUCGUUCACACCAACUGUUAAAUAAAAGUAGUCUACAAUUAAUAGACAAAGAGAGGUUAACUCUUGAGAAUUUUAACGCAUCUGUGUAUAUAAUAUUAUUCCGAUAAUGUAAGCUUAGUAUUCAAAUAUAUAUAUGAGUAUAAACGUUACUCACCAUUUAGAACGUAUGUUUUGGGUUCGCAUUAACAAUUUACGUCCAAUAUUAUACUGGCACAUUCAUUUUAUUUUAUGUUUAUAUCGUAUUUUAUGACAACUUAUGAAAAAGUACAUUUCUUUAUUAUUGUACUUUUUUUUGUAAUAACACAUUAAUUGUAAAAUUUUCAAUUA